GGAACUGAGUUAAUUUUGAUUUUGUGGAGAUGUUGAACACCGCUAUUACACACCUUCUAGGUGUAAAGAUGAAAAUUCCAGGUUAUUUGGCGAUUGUAGCAUUUUGGAUCCUAACAAAUUUAUAUAUUGUUUCUGCUUGUGUGGCAGAUCUUUUUGAAUUCAGAGGUUCUUGCUAUAGCUUCUCCCGGAACACAUCCAGCUUCUACUCCUCGAAAUCAUCGUGCGACGACCUCGGAAUGCACAUGGUGGAAAUAGGAUCGCAGGAGGAACAAGAUUUCUUGGUCGGGAAGAUCCAACAGAGUGGAUACCCUGAAAAGGAUUACUGGAUAGGGUUAACUGCCGUGACCUGGCUCGAUGGGACACCCCUGACCUACGACAAAUUUGGUUCGGUUAAGCUUGGAGCUUUCAACCAAGAUGCGAGAUGCUUUAGGAUGUUUCGUCCAUACAGCUCAGAAUGGUACGAUGACGAUUGUAAUGACGCAAACCAUUAUAUUUGUGAAGCGGAAGAAGCUUGUGAUGGAUUCAACACGAAUGAUGGUUUGGACUUCCACGAAUCCAACGGGUCCUGCUAUCAUGUCUCUCCUAUUGCAUCCGCAUUUUCAAAGGCUAAGUCAAACUGCGAAGACAUCGGAAUGCAUCUUGCGUUCAUUGGAUCCCAAACCGAGCAAGAGGGCGUCGUUGAACUCCUCAGCAAUGAAGGGUACUAUGAGUACUGGAUAGGUCUCACCCGAUCGGGAUCGGCAAAUGACGGUUCUGCUGACCCACCGUAUCAUAACUUCGGCUCCAAGUCAUCCUCCUUCGGUGAUGGGGUUUGUUAUCGCAUGGAACCGGCUACUCUUUUCCAUUGGCUCGGCGAUGACUGUCACAGUGAACGUCAUUUCAUUUGUGAAAAGGAAGAGAGUGAGUAUUGCAAUGCAUUGCAAUGGUUAGAAUAAAAGGGAAAUGGUGAAUUGGUGUGCAUACCAUGUGCGAUCAGUGUAGGGUUUUCCGAACAAAUAACUACAAAUGUCUAUACCUGUAGCGUAUGAUUUGUUAAAAUUGCUCGAUCAGAGAUUACCUUUGGCCUGUAGUAAAAAGGAAAAAAAAAAACACUGGCAAGUCUUUU